UUUAUUUACUUUCCAAUAUUGAACAGUACGACAAAUUACAAUUUCAAGAUGCUUCCACAUAGAAAGCCCACAGACAAUCAAGCGUUUCUAUCGGUCCCCGUGUCUCGAGUAGGCUCAUCUGCAAGAUUGAACCAAUUGUCAUCACAAGGAACAGCCACUCCUAAUGCAUAUGCUAGCAUUCCAUCUACUCCAAACGCCUACGUUUCAUCAUCUUUAAAUCCUACUAGAAACCCACCAAUAUUGUCAGGUGGUACUUUCAAAACUAAUGAAGAAGUGGAAGAUUUCGAGAAAUUACCCAUUGUACAAGACCUUACACAGUUUGAAAAAGAAUUGAAUUUACUUUCAUCUGAUAUCUCUUCCUUUAGAGAUGAUAGAAUAUUAAAAUCUGUAGAAACUUUGAUAUCACUUAAUGAUGCCAUUUACCAAGGUAUUUCGCGAGUAGAGCAACACCAAAUAUUGGGUAAGAAAAUCAAAUCAUUGGAAGAAGAACGUAAGCAGUUAGAUUUGGCAUCCAAAAAUACUUUAAGGAAAUUCAUUCAAUAUAGAGCUGAAUUGAAAAAGCUUCCGCUGUUACCAACGGUGAAGAAAUCAUCUGAUAAUGAUAGAAAUAUAGUGGAUGUUAAAGAAGUGCUCAAGUAUGCCAUGAAACUUUCCAAAUUCACUAAAGCCCCACCGAGUACAUCAGACGUACCAUUUCAAACUGUACAUCCAAAUAAUUAUAUCUGGCCAGCUGAAGAUGCUUUGAGAAGAGGUAUGUUAGCCGUGAGCUCAUUACGAGGUGAAGAGAUUAUACAAAGUGAAUUGGGCGGAACCAGCGUUGAACCAAAGGAGGAAGAAAAUAUGGAAGUGGAUGAAGAAGAAACUCCAAUAGUUCCUGAAGUAAGACACCAAGUUCAUGGUCACCAAGAAAAGAGACCAGUUGAGGAACCAAAGGUACUUGAUUUGGACUUAUUUGAUCCUGAAGACGAAUUCUCUGAUUGAUAAAGAUGUAAGGAUAUCAAAACCAUGAUGCCCAUCAACCCCUCUGGAGGGAAAUAAUGGGAACUCUCAUUUAACAGAGAAACAAUAUAUAGAUAAUGUAUACUACAAUCAACUUAUCAUUUUAACUAUUCUAAUACUUUUA